AUGACCCUAACACUAACGGAAGAGAUUAAUGCAGUGCAGCACUCAGUUUUCCCAAAACAACUGUUUGCAUACAUGGAAGUGAAAGGCCAACGAGUGCGGUUCCAACUGGAUUUGGGUGCAUCAUGCAAUGUUAUUCGACGACAAGAUUUGGUACCCACAGUGGUCCUUGAGAAGACAAACCAAACACUGUGCCUCUACAACCGGAGUCAACUAAGACCAUUGGGCAAGUGUUUGGUCAAUAUGAACAACCCAAAAACAGGUAGAAAAUACAAAGCCAACUUUGUUGUUGUGGACGAUGCCUCCACAUCACUCUUGGGAGCUAGGUCGAUACAACAGAUGGAUCUGGUGAGGAUACAGCACGAGAACAUUAUGGCGGCAACCCUUCAAGCUCGGUGUCAGGACAACAUUGACAGUACAAAUACUCACAUGUCUGGUCGGAACGUUCCCAUUGCACUUAGGCAACAUCUGGAAGCGGAACUGAAGCGCCUGGCGAGUUUGGGAGUGCUAGAGCCGGUUGAGGGACCUACAGACUGGAUAUCCAGUCUAGUCGUAGUGCGCAAGCCCAACGGCACCCUGCGCAUCUGCUUGGAUCCUAAGCCCCUCAACAGGGCACUCAAACGUAGCCAUUAUCCUAUGCCAACGAUAGAGGAUCUGAUACCGCAACUCUCCAAGGCUAAAGUGUAUACUGUAUGUGACUUACAGAAUGGGUUUUGGCAUAUCGCAUUAGAUCAUGAGUCAAGUCUUCUCACAACCUUUGGAACGCCGUUUGGUAGGUUCCGAUGGAAAAGAAUGCCCUUUGGCAUCAGCCCAGCACCGGAACUUUUCCAACGCCGCCUCCAAUCAGCCAUCGAUGACCUACCAGGAGUAUACACGAUUGCGGAUGACGUGCUGAUAGUGGGUGAAGGCGAUACCCACGAGGCAGCGUGCCAGGAUCAUGACAAGAAAUUGGCCAGUUUUUUGGAUCGAUGUCGAGUGCGUGGCAUCAGGCUCAAUCGAAACAAAAUCAAGUUACGACUUCCUGAGGUCAAAUACAUGGGUCAUAUCCUUACUCCCAACGGGUUGAAGGCUGAUCCGGACAAAUUGAAAGCUAUACUGAAAAUGGAGAACCCCACUGAUGUGGCUGGAGUGCAGCGUUUAAUUGGCACGGUCAAUUAUUUAGCGCGUUUUUUACCCAAUCUGUCUAGCGUCUGCGACGAGCUUCGACAAUUGACCAAGAAAGAUGUGGAAUUUUGUUGGACAUCCCAUCAUGAUCACGCUAUACAGCAGAUUAAAGCGGCCAUAACCACAGCACCCGUGCUUAGGUACUUUGACCCGCAGAUGGAUGUCACCCUCCAGUGCGACGCGUCAGAGAAGGGUCUGGGUGCUUCUCUUAUGCAACAAGGACAACCGGUUGCCUAUGCUUCGCGCGCGCUAACAGACACCGAAACACGCUAUGCGCAAAUAGAGAAAGAACUGCUGGCCAUCGUAUUCGGAGUCACAAAAUUGCAUCACUACGCGUAUGACCGCCAUGUGACGAUUGAGAGUGACCACAAACCCUUGGAAGUGAUUGUCCAAAAACCGAUCCAUUCUGCGCCGAAGCGUCUGCAAAGGAUGCUAGUACAGUUACAGGGUUAUGACACAAGGUCACGUACAAGCAGGGGUCAAAGCAAUCAUAUCCCCUCCACAAAUGGGUGUGAAUCCAUCAAUCUGUUGCAGUCAGUUUUCGAGCGGGAGCUUGAAUUUUUAAACCUCUCCCAGCAUCUACCAAUCUCCGAAGCCAGACGCGGAGAAAUUCAGGUGGCUACAGAACAAGAUGAAUGUCUGCAGGAGGUCAAGCAGCUUGUUAUGCGAGGAUGGCCACAAAGUAAGACGCAGGUACCGCGGACAGUGGCACCUUAUUUUCCUUGGCACGACGAGAUCGGAGUACAAAACGGCGUCUUAUUUCGCGGAGAGCGAAUUAUAGUCCCUGGUGCGAUUCGUCAGAAAAUUAUGACCGCGCUUCAUUCUUCUCACAUUGGCAUUAAUGGUAGCCUACGACGAGCACGCGAGCUGUUCUACUGGCCUGGAAUGAAUGACCACGUAAAGACGUUCAUUCAGCGGUGUGCUACAUGUCGCGAAGUAGAUCCAGCUCCGAAACUGACUCUCAUCCCGCAUACCGUCCCAUCUCGACCUUGGGCGAAAGUAGCCGUCGAUCUCUUCGUCGUUGACAGGUAUGACUAUAUGGUCACGGUUGACUACAUGAGCAAUUUUUGGGAAGUAGACAGGUUGGACAGCCUCACUUCUCAAAGCAUCAUCCGGAAACUGAAACCGCAUUUUGCACGGCAUGGCAUACCGGAUACACAAGAACUGGGGUUUUGA